UUUCAACUUUUAGAACCAGAGAAACACGUCUUACCUCGAAAGUGAAGUGGGAGUAAUUAGAACCAACUCCAAAAAGGCAGACCGCAGACAGGAAAAGCAUUAGAAGUCUACAACUGGAAGCCUCAAGAAGGAAUUUGAUGAAUCACAACUCACUGGAAAAACAACAAGUGUUAGAUUGAUAGAUUACUUCUAAUAAUGUAGACUUCAACAAACAGAGACUAACUAUUUGUUGUUCUCGUCACUCCUAUGGUUAUAGUACUGGACGACGCCUAGCUGAUGCUGCUUUGGAUUCAAACAACGAGCUAUAAUGUGGUACCAAAUUGUUGCUUGCUAAAUGGAUAUGUUCUUCCCUUCCUUUUUUUUUCUCGUUUUGUUUAAAGCACUUUUGCCCAGAACUCAGCAUCAGCUAGGCAGUCACAGUUGAAACAAGAAUAAGAGCAACAACUGGCUUAUGAAUAAAUGCCCAGAACUCACCAGAGCCGACAGAAACAGAGAGGCUAGGUAUGGAGGAGGUGGCGGGUGGCCGGUCAUCGAUGGUGGAGACAGAGAGCACAGCUGGCCAAAUGGAGGACGAUAGUGAUGGCAGAGGGGAUAGCGCAAGUGAAAGAGGUGAUGGGUUCCAAGGCUCUGCUCUCUUCUCGAUCCGAAGAGACAAACGGAGGCAGUGGGUUACAAGGCUCGAGCUGGAUCUUGGAGGAAGGGAUCAGAUCUCUGGUGAGUCGCGAUCUCUCACGAAUCAACUGCGUCUCGAAUCGGAGCUCAGAGGGGUUUCGAAUCAAGCUGCGUUUCAAAUCAAGCUGCGGUUCGAAUCAACUGCGUCUCGAAUCAGAGCUCGGAGUGGGUUUCGACAACGAUGGCGGAGCGGGUGCGAUCUAGUGGGUCGGAGCUCGGAGGGGAUAACGAUGGCGGCGAUGGCCGUGGCGCCGACGGCGGUGGCCGGUGGGUAGUAGACUACAGAGACAGGUCGGAAAGAAAGAAGUCUCUCGACU